GUACUAGAUCCACAGCCUUUAGGAUGCCCAGGUCAAAUCACGGUGAUGUCCAUCCCAGAGGGAGAACACCCCCUGUCACCUUGGACUGGAUCGAUGGCAAAAAUGUCAAAUUACUCAGAGUUGCCAACCACAAAGAGGCUUUCAGGUUUAAGAAGCUGAACCAGGCCCUCAGCAGCAUGGAAAGUCUCCACAAGAACUUCUGGCUACAGGAGGAGAGGAGGGUCAAACAGAACCUGAGGAGGCUAACUAGCGUGUCUCCUACUUUCAGAAGCCAAACUCUAUUCCAGAUUUCUAGUGAUAACAGCAGGGCUGAGCUUAGUGGAGGGGGCAGCAGGGUACAGCUCCCCACCUGCCCCCCGUCCCAUGCCAGCCGAGAGGACUGCUCCUCCUGCUCUCUCAACAGCCCUCUGUUCAGGAUCCCCCAGAGCACCGCAGCCCCAUCCCCACGAACCAGCCACAGAAGUCUGAUUCUCCCUCUUACCAUUAACGGGGACACCAUGUCCCCCCACCAUUUGUGGCCCAGAGACACCCUGUCAGAGAACCCCUCCUCCUCAAGGGGUGGUAUGCGUUACGGGGGUCUGACCCCACGGCCCAGCCAGCACCCCAGUACCCUGAGCUUGACCCCCAGUACCCUGAGCCUGGAUGGCAGUACUACACUCCUGCUUCCCACCCCCAGCCUGCUGGCCUUGCUUCCCCCCCAGCUGUCCCCGGAGCUCCAUGGGCUGCAGGAGGCUGUGCUGGGCUUCCCUCUGCUGCAGAAGAGGGUGAGGGAGCUGAUCACUCGGGCUAGGGCCACUGAACAGGAGAGACAGGACCGACGCAACCUCACCCUACGCCCCCUGGAGGCCCUGCGCUGCAGGUACCUGCGUCUGUCUGAGAGUAACAUCAGAACUCUGCUCCAGCAGUGUAAGGACAGUGGCAUCGAUAUGGACAUCCAUCCUCACAUGAAAGAAUCUGACAUUGAUAUCAGCAAGCUAUUCAAGGACUCUCGCCCUCCAUCACCGAGAUGA